CUUCUCUCUCUCCUACCCCAUUCCUAUCCUUUAAACCACACUCGCUAUGAAAUUCGCUGCUCUUGUCACUGUUACCGCCCUUGCUGCCGUCGUCACUGCUUCAGGACCCGCUGCUGGAUGUCUCCAGACCUACACCAUCAAGGAUGGUGAUGGUUGUGAAGGCAUCGCUGCCAGCUUCAGCUUGACUCCUGACGCAUUCUACACUAUGAACCCAGGUCUUCACCACGCUGGCGAUCACCUUUGUGACAAUCUCGAUACCGGCAAGCCUUACUGCGUUUGCAUGACCAAGCCUUGCGCUCAACAAAAGGUCGUUAGCUCCGUUGCCCCUACCUCUGUCGUCGCCACUUCCGCCGUCGCCACUGCCGCCGUCUCUACCAAGGCUGCUGUCUCUUCCGUUGCCACCAUGGCUUCUGCUUCUGCUUCUGCUUCCAUGGCCACCAUGGCUCUUCCCUCUGGUAGCGCUGCUUCCAAUGUUUCCGUCAGCGCAUCAGGAUCUGCCGCUGGUGCUAGCACCACUGCCGCAAAGAGUGCUGGUGAGAAGGUUGUUUCCUCUGCCGCCAUGGUUGCUUUGCUUGCUGGUGCCGCUUCCGUCCUCGCCUUUUAAAUUUUUAUGACGCCGUUUAUGUAACCGUUACUCUUUCUGCCUUCGACGCUGAAUUAAGAAUUGUAUGUUCGGAAUCAUUGGUUGACAUAACCUGUGAUUAGCAGUAGGACCAGGCAUAGUCUAAAUUUCAGUACACUUUAGUACAAAU